GCUUAAUCUCUCUAAACCAUUUUAUCCAUUCUUCGUGUUUAGCUGUAGAGGCUUCAUCGUAACUCAUUUGCUUCACGGUUUGAUGAAAAGGAUUUUAUCUUGAUGCCUUGAAUAUUUUUGUAACGAUUUAGACGUAUAUGUGCUAUCGGACAUAAAACUUUAACGGACUUCGAAUUGAAUCCAGUCAUUCAGGUUUUUGGUUUCACAUCCACUGCUGAAGACGUAAACAAGCUAGAAGCAGAAGUAAGCUAAGGAAAAGAACUGAAGGAGCAGGUAUCCAGCUUUCCACAUUUUCUCCAGCUUUACCCCCCACAACCAUCUUUAGCAUGAUGUCGUAUCUCAAGCAACCACCUUACACGGUCAACGGGCUAAGUUUAACUACCUCCGGUAUGGACCUUCUGCACCCUUCCGUUGGUUACCCAGCGACUCCUCGAAAGCAGAGGCGGGAAAGGACAACAUUUACUAGAGCGCAACUUGAUGUGCUGGAGGCUUUAUUCGCGAAAACGCGCUACCCGGAUAUUUUCAUGCGUGAGGAGGUGGCCUUGAAAAUCAACUUACCGGAGUCCCGUGUUCAGGUUUGGUUUAAAAACCGAAGGGCAAAGUGUCGCCAGCAGCAGCAACAACAACAAAACGGAGGCCAGAACAAGGUGCGACCUGCCAAAAAGAAGAGCUCUCCAGCUCGGGAGGCCAGUUCUGAGAGCGGGGCGAGUGGCCAGUUCACCCCGCCCUCCAGCACUUCAGUACCGGCCAUCUCCACCACAACCGCGCCGGUGUCCAUUUGGAGCCCGGCCUCCAUCUCGCCGCUGUCAGACCCACUCUCUACCUCCUCCUCCUGCAUGCAGCGAUCAUACCCCAUGACCUAUACUCAAGCGUCUGGAUACAGCCAGGGCUACGCUGGUUCCACAUCCUACUUUGGGGGCAUGGACUGCGGCUCUUACUUGACGCCCAUGCACCAUCAGCUGACCGGGCCAGGAUCCACUUUGAGCCCCAUGAGCAGCAACGCUGUCACCAGUCACCUGAACCAGUCUCCCGCGUCCCUUCCCACACAAGGUUACGGUGCCUCGGGGCUCGGCUUCAACUCCACCGCGGAUUGCUUGGAUUAUAAGGACCAAGCGUCCUCGUGGAAACUGAACUUUAAUGCUGAUUGCUUGGAUUACAAAGAUCAGACUUCCUCCUGGAAAUUCCAGGUGUUGUGAAACUAACAAAACGUCUGCCAUUCAGUCCAAUCAACACACUAAAAGACUAUAAAAUAAACGUUGUAGACCUGCCAUCCUUCCAAAAACAGAAGUGUUCCGUGAAGCGCGAACUCUCCGAGAUGGAUGGGUUUUGCAUUGUGCCCGACAGCGCUUUUGAAGUUUGUCUUUGACAUGAAAUAUCUAUUUGAGCUACAUGCACCCCUUGUGGCGUGCAAAGUAUUUGAAGGGUGGUGAGUGCGUAUAAACAUAGGCCAUCUGACCACAACCUGUUGUUUAAGGUACAGGGAAUCAAAGUGAAUUUGUAAUAAGUUAGGUCAAAGCCACGGAACAAAUCUUUACACAAGAAAAGAGGAGAGAGAAAAAAAACUACAUGGCAAAAGGAGCCAAUCUUUUGCUUAAGUGCUUGGAAUGGGCAGGCUUUCUCUAAGCCUCUUACAGCACGCCGACCUAUUUCAAUGUUGGCAAGACGAGAGACACUUCCAUCAGGAGGAUGAUAGAGAGGAUGUGUGCGAGUGCGUGUGUACGUGUGCGUGUGUGCUGAACGCCCCCAUGGCGACCUGGAUGCACUACUUUAUUUAAGAAAAGGUGUUUAUAAGGAAUCAAUAUGUAGUUUUUAAAAGACAAUCAAUGUGUGUCUUAUAUAAAUGGUACAUUUGUGUUUUUUUUUUUUUUAUCUGUGCUAGCCUUCGAAACUGUGAUCUGUUGUAACUGUAUGCAAUUUGUGAGCUCCGUCGCAUCUGCGAAGACUCGGCUGUGAUUUUAAUAGAUUUUAAACUUUUUUUUUUUUCUUUAAGAAAACACGACGGUAAAUAAGAUUAGUCACAUGAUUACUAUUGGAUUAAUUUCAAGAGACAAGCGAUCUCGAAAAUACAGGGACUCAAGAGAAUGUGUAAGAAAGGAACUGUCUGUCCCCGUUCAUUGAUCUCCAUUGGUCAUAACUGAUAUACCACCCACGUGGAUCUUAAACUUGUCUGGAGUGGUAAUGUGGUCCCGCCACAGAAAUAUGAAUAAACAAUUUAAAAUCUGACACAAUCCUAUUUAAAGUUAUUAAGUCUGAACGAGUUAUUAAAAUGUAUUCUGAAUUUUA